AUCCAAGAUGGCGACCUCCUUGGAAUCGUAUGUAAACCAUACUGUAGCUGUCAUAACGCAGGAUGGACGAAUGAUUGUGGGUACCCUUAAAGGCUUUGACCAAACAGUUAAUAUUAUACUCGACGAGAGCCAUGAAAGAGUCUUCUCAUCUGGAAGUGGAGUGGAGCAAGUUUUACUUGGUCUUUAUAUAAUACGUGGAGAUAACAUUGCUGUUAUAGGUGAGAUUGACGAAGAAGUGGAUGCAUCUAUGGAUCUAUCAGAYAUAAGAGCAGACCCCCUGAACUCUGUUGUGUAUUAAGCAAUGUUAUAUUAUGUAUAUAAAUACAGUAACUUAGUAAAGUGCACUUCUCUGGGAAGAUUUUUUUUCUUACUGUAUUUAGGAUAAUCAUCAAGGUGUUUCUCAAUAUUUUCUUUCACUCUGGUGAAUACCUCAGUAAAAUGAGACUUCAUCCAUUAAAGCAAGAUUUUUUAACAUCAGAAGUCUUAAGUACAAAUUGUUGGAAAUUUCAACUAUUUUAAAAUAGUAAAAAACGCACUGACUAAGAAUGUGGAACUGCUGAAAUAUUAAGUUUUAAACCUUUGAUUUGUCUAGAUGAAAUGAUACUUUGUUGCGCAUGUAAUAGAUUUCAAUAAUAGUUAUAAAAGGACGUAGCAGUAGAAUUUGAUAUAGUAUUUUUGAGAACAAAACAACAGGCUUCAAUUUUGACAUGUUUUUACUAUCUGAGGAAGGUGAUUGAUUGCCGAAACAUGUCAAAAUUGAAGGCUGUUGUUUUCUUAAAAAUACUAUAUCAAAUUUCAAUAAUACAUUGUAAUAGUUAUGUUGGACUUUAUUAUAGUAUCAUUUGUCAUUGUACAUUUUGCUCAUAAAGUCAGCACACUUUUGUUUUCUAAAUUUCUUUACAUAAAUAAAUCUAAGUUAUAUACUUUGAUUGUCUCCACUGCCACAGCUACAUCGUAUAGAGCGGAUUUCGUACGAGUGGGAAACGGACGGAACUUUACUGUGACCGUAAUCGUACUGUAACCAAAUUCUAGUGCCCCAUUGGUUCACAAAAAUUGUGCAGGCCAGGUGCGGUAACUGUGCGGYAACCGUGCGGUAACGGUGUCCCACUCAUACGAAAUCCGCUCUAUAAAGACAACUACAAAACUACAAUUACAUCGUUUAUACAGUAAUUAUUUCUCAUAAUGUGCAGCCAGCUUAUUGUAAAUAUAUGCAUGUGUAAUGAAACUUUUAGAAAAAAUUAAUUGGUUUUAGUGAAUUUUCUCUUAGUUUCUUGAUUUGAUAAACUGUUAGGGUUACUUA